AUGCGUUACCGUUGGGUCUGUGGUAAAAUAUUACCGAAGAUGCAUUAUGGCCUUAUGCUCCAAGACCACAAUGUUCGUAUCUUGGCCAGACAGGGAAGAAAGCUUCUCGAGACUCUAGCAUUUAAGCUAACGGCAGUUGGCGACCUUGAGUAUUUUAUUUUGACUCGAAGCUUUCCUAUGCUCUAUAUCCAAUGUCCCAUGUCAUUUGUCCUAAUGUCAUUUGCCUUAAUGUCAUUUGAACUAUAUCCUGUGCACUAUGGUCAGAAAAGAUCAACCAAAAUCUUUAUGUCUUCAAAGCAGCUCAUCAUUCGCUUCUGUAUUCGAAAAAGAUGGCUGCGAGGAAGCUUUGCUCUAGGAGAUAAAAGAAAGUGUCAGACUCUUCGCCUGUCUGCAGAUAAGCAAACAGCCCAGGGCGCACCACGAGGAGGUGGUCUGACUAUCGCGUCCUGCUGGCCCCGCAACUCUCUGACAAUCCGCCGACCAAUCAUCAACGAGUACAAACAAUCAGCCUUGUUGAAGCGCUGGAGCAACAUUUUCGCCCGAUUCGCACCUGUGGUGGACCAGAACUACUGGCUGAUGCAACGCCGCGGGGAGACGCACCAGGCACAUAAAAGUGACUGAGUGAGGUGCAAGCUUGGUGGGGGAAAAGAGAGGUAUUUAUACAUCCAAUCUUUUUUUUUCAUGAGAAACUAUGGAGACAAUGAUGGAACUUGGCAAUGGGAUUUUUGCUGUCAACAGUGCAAG